AUGCCGCCAAAACGACGCGGCGGUGGCAGCGGUAGUACUCGCGAAACGAGAAGUAGCACAAGAUCUCAACCCACAACCCAAGCUUCUGGAUCUGGUGCCAGUGCAGCUGCGACAGGGGAAAAUGUCUCAGCUAACCGCACAAGACCUAAUAACAAAAGAACCGCUCGAGGGAGUACCACCACCAUCCGAAGAGCUAGAGGAGCGGGCAGGAAUGCUAGGGCACAGGAUGAAAUGCAAGAUGUCGGUAUUUAUCGAGAAAUGGUAGCCGAAGUAGUCGGCCCUACAAGGAACAGGCAGCAGCAGCAGCAAGAGCUCUCGGAUUCUGAGGGAAGGCCUGCUAAGAGACGGAAAGCGGUAGAGAAUUUUAAAAGUGAAUCGGGUCCAUCAAACAGUAAAGAUAAAGGGAAAGGUGUUCUUCAUGAAGACUCAGAGGAGCACCCGGGGCAACUUUUAGAAGAAGAAGAGGUCAAUAUAAAUAACGAGGAGGAUGAAGUUGCCACCACGGAUGAAGAUGAGAGUGAAGAAGAAGAUUGGGAAGAAGUCGAUAUUAGUAAACCAAUAAAACGCUUUGAGGAACCCCCUGAACCUAAGACCCUAGAGCUCAUUCUAGAUCCAAAAGAAAAACGAAAGUCCGGCCCGGUAAGACGAGUGAUAACAGCCGUUGACCGUCGCAUUCGACUCGAGAUUCACAAAAUGCACAUUCUGUGCCUCCUCAUACAUGUAUAUCAGAGGAGUCGAUGGUGUAACAACUCAGCUGUAAAGGAUAAUCUGAGACCUCUAGUAAAUAGAGAGAUCCUAUCAUUGCUCAACCCAAACCCAAAUGACCAGCAGUUUAGACGCUCAUGGAGUUUUAAUGAAGGAUUACGAAAAGUAUCAGAGAUGUGGAAAAGAAGAUUCCGAAUCACAAACAAGGGACUGUCGAAACCGCGCUGGCGUGAUAAUGAAGCGAUAGUUGAAAUGCUCUCGUGCCCUCCAAGGAGCGGAGAUCCUCCCAUGAGGCUAGUUGAAUUCCAGGCCGCUUCAAUAGGUCUUUCAGGCUCGAGAGACCUAGGGGCCCAGAUUUUCUGUGCGUUACUUUGCUCUGUUGGAGUGACCUGCAGGCUGGUAUGCUCCCUUCAGCCGUUGUCGUUCACUUUCCAGGACAAGCAGGCUCUGCCCAAAGCAGCACAAAUAAUUGCAGAUUUCCGCGUUAGUGAAGCUGCUGCCAGGGAUAAUGCUAGAGAGAUGCAAGUCGACAAUAGAUUUGGCGGCCCUGGACCGGCGCCAGAAGGGCCGUCACUAGGAGGAAGGAGAGGGGGUUUGAGAAGACCCGGGUUUCGAGAGCCACUCGUCACAGCUCCCAUACCAGAAAAACCUCCAGCCCGCCUCCGAGCCUGGGAAGACCCGUACCCAGUUUACUGGGUUGAGGCAUGGAAUACGGCAACACAGAAGUGGGUUGCUGUGGACCCUCUGGUAACAUCUACUAUUGGAAAGCCGAGUAGACUUGAGCCUCCGAUUGCGGACGGGGAAAAUUCCAUGUGUUAUGUAGUUGCUUUUGAAGAGGAGGGUCAGGCUACGGACGUAACAAGGCGAUAUGUAAAGAGCUUCAAUGGAAAGACUAGAAAGCUGAGAGUCUCGUCCACCAAAGGCGGACUAGAAUGGUGGGACCGUGUGCUUCGAGUAUUCCAACGAGGAUGGGAAAUGGACCGAGAUCAACUAGAAUCUGCAGAACUACUGGACAGGGAGGUCGUUGAGCCCGUACCUAAUAACAUCCAGGACCUAAAAGAUCAUCCUCUAUUCGCCCUCAAGAGACACCUAAAACGCGGCGAAAUAAUACACCCCGAGCGAAAAGUCGGCUCCAUCACAACAGGCACUGGGAGCAACAAAGUAACUGAAACAAUCUAUAGAAGAGAAGACGUAAAAGUCGUCAAGACCAGCGAGCAAUGGUACAGGGUGGGACGUGAACUCAAAGCAGGCGAGCAGCCACUCAAAUACGUCACCGCCCACCGGCGCGUAAAAGGCAGAAGUGAUGACUACCUGGACAGUGAUCCUGAAGAAGAAGAAGGGGGCGGGGAUGACGGGCCUAGACAGUCGGCAAUGUAUGCCGAGUUUCAGACGGAGCUCUAUGUGCCGCCGAGUGUGGUCUACGGGAGGGUGCCGAAGAACAGUUUUGGUAAUUUGGAUGUGUUUGUGCCUUCGAUGGUGCCGAAGGGAGCUGUGCAUUUGCCUUAUAAGGGUCUUGUGAAGGUUGCUCAAUUACUGGGUAUCGAUUAUGCUGAGGCAGUGACUGGUUUCGAUUUCAAAAACCGCCAAGUCGCACCAGUCAUGAACGGCAUUGUCGUCGCACAGGAAUACCGCGAGGCGGUCAUGGCAGUAAUGGGAACACUUUUGGACGAGAAGAACGAGGCGGAGGAACACAAGAAGAGCAUUGAGGCAUUGAAGCGGUGGAGGAGGUACUUGAUGGGGCUGAGAAUCAGGAAGAGAUUGGGGAUUUAUCAGGAGGUGAAGCAGGUAAAUAAGGUGGACAUGGGGGUCAAUGAUCGUGCUGCAGCUGGGGAUGGGGCCAAGGAUGCUGGGAACGUGGAUACGGGUGGUGGGUUUUUCGCUGAAACUGGAGAUCAGGAGGCCUCUGGUGGUGGUGGAUUUUUCGCAGAACCUGAAGUCCAGACAUCUGGUGGUGGGGUUUUCACUGAAGCUGAAGAUCAUCCUACUGGUCCUGGCGGUGCGCCAAUUGCUAGUGCUGAGGACAGCGGCGGGGGAUUCAUAGUCGACAACAACGAUCAUGGCGGCGGCGGGAGGUUCAUGGUUGAUGACAAAGAUCAUGGAGGUGGUGGUUUUAUCGCUGAUGAUAGCAACGCUGACCAAGGAGGUGGUGGUUUUGUCGUCGAUGAUAACGACGGGGAUGGUGGUGGUUUUAUCGUCGAAGAUAACGAUGAGGAUCAAGGCGGCGGCGGAUCCGUUCGUGAGGAAGGGGGAAGUGAAGAGGAGGAACUCUAUGAAGACCCUGAAGAGGAAGAUCUUGGGUGGUUUUAG